GACGUCGGAUCUCUUAUUCUCCCUAAAAAUGGCAAUGGGAAGAAUUGGGACCAGGCGUGUAGCUAUCUCACAAAGACACAUCAGGGGGAACCUGAACUGACACGACGUUACAUCUCCUGUAUGACAAGAAUCCCUCACAGAAUAAAUCAGAUCCAGUGUUCCGCGGUGAGGAUGUUGAACCUACUACGCCCCCUACUGGUCGUCUGGAUGUACCACCUCGUCUCCAGCCACGCUGCCCCAAGAUACAACAACGGCUUUUUCUACCACGACAUCAUGAACGGCGAUGGCAACGGAGAGAUCUAUUUCAACGGGGUGCGUCUCCAUGUGGAGUCCCCCCAGGCCUCGGUGUCGGCGGCCAGGGGUAGUAAUGUUACCCUGCCCUGUCACUACCGCUACGAACCCGAGAUCAACGGCCCCCGUCGGACCCGGGUCAAAUGGUCUUGGCUGCCCACCAACGGCGCCGGCAAGACCACCCGUGAGACCGACGUGAUGGUCGCCAUGGGCAACCGUCACCGUAGCUACGGCAGCUUCCAGGGGAGGGUGCGCCUGCGUCGGGCUGCUCCAGGGGACAUGUCGCUGGUGAUCAAGGAGCUGCACCUGAACGACACAGGCCGCUACCGCUGUGAGGUCAUCGACGGACUGGAGGACGAAAGCGUGACGGUGGAGCUGGAGCUGCGAGGAGUGGUAUUUCCCUACCACUCCCAGAAGGGCCGAUACCAUUUCAACUUCCUGGGGGCCCAGCGUGCUUGUGAGGAGCAGGAUUCGACCCUGGCCACCUUUGACCAGCUCUUUGUCGCCUGGGAGGAGGGGCUCGACUGGUGCAACGCCGGAUGGUUGGCGGAUGGGACGGCUCAGUACCCAAUCACCACACCGCGGGAGCCCUGUGGGGGCGUGGACUUAGCCCCUGGUCUCCGUAGUUAUGGACAACGCCACCGCCACCUCCACCGUUUUGAUGCCUUCUGUUUCUCAGCCGCCCCCAAGGGGACAGUAUACUUCCUGAAACAUCCCCAGAAGUUCAACUUCACCGAGGCGGUGGCAGCUUGUGUUGACGACGGCGGUCACAUCGCUAAGGUGGGCCAACUCUACGCCGCCUGGAGGUUCAUGGGAUUGGACCUCUGCGUCGCGGGCUGGUUGGCCGAUGGGAGUGUCCGUUACCCCAUCGCCAAGGUCCACCCUAACUGCGGCCCCUCAGAGCCAGGGGUGCGUCAUUUCGGAUUCCCCCCUCAGCAGCAGAAAUACAUUGUUUACUGCUAUCGGUAAACCCCCACCCCCCCCUCAACGAAUAUCAGUACGAAACAGUACUACAGUAUGACAGAUAGCCUCUACUAGUGAACUUCUCUAUUCACAACAGACACCACACUAGCCUGCAUGCUACUUAACAUUAGCUAGUUCUGCUCUUACAGCGUCCGCUGUAUAGUCAUAGUGAACUGUCUUAAUCUCCUCAUAUUGAACAUACUAUCAGUCAUACUCCCCGCUGAGACUCCAACCAGUACUGAUACACAUACUGUAUACUGGCUAUUUAGGGUAGUGUUGUCAGGUUUGGCUCACAGUAAACUCAGGGAAGGUGUUCAACUCACAGCAUUGCCCUCGUGAUGCUUCGCCAGUGAUUGUUUUUUUACCCAACCAAGGUCUUUCCCUUGGUGUUUUGUUGAACUGUGUUUUGCUAUGUCUCACUGUUCCUGAAGUCAUUUCAGUUCAAUGUAUGUCAUUCAUAGUCUUAGGCACAUUUCUGAAUGAUCCUCUUUGUGUUAGAAUGUCUUUUCGUGUCUUGUUUAUAUAAGGGUUGGAAUGGAAUGACGUAGAAUGUAUGCACACAUGACUGUAAGUCGCUUUGGAUAAAAGCGUCUGCUAAAUGGCAUAUAUGAAAUUAAUGACUAUGAAUACUUUUUCUUUUUAUACAAAAACUGUUUUUUUGCUUUUGUCGUUAUGAGGUUUUGUGUGUAGAUUGAUGAGGGGAACAAUAAGGAAUAUGAUUAACGUUGUAACGUAAAACAAAAUGUGGAAAAAGUCCAGGGUUCUGAAUACUUUCCGAAUGCACUGUAGACUGUCAUGUUGGAAGGGGAUUUGACAGUAUUUUGUGACCUUGUAGAGGAGCUCAGUGUUAAAAGGCUUCCAUGUGUAUCGUUCUACUUUAAAUCAGGUUGUCUGACUUUAAUUAAAUCGUACUACUUUAAAUCAGGUUGUCUGACUUGAAUUCAAUUGUGCUACUUUAAACCAGGUUGUCUGACUAAUUAAAUCAUGCUACUUUAAAUCAGGUUGUCUGACUUUAAUUACAUCGUGCUACUUUAAAUCAGGUUGUCUGACUUGAAUUAAAUCAUACUACUUUAAAUCAGGUUGUAUGACUUUAAUUAAAUCAUAAUACUUUAAAUCAGGUUGUCUGACUUGAAUUAAAUCAUAAUACUUUAAAUCAGGUUGUCUGACUUGAAUUAAAUCAUGCUACUUUAAAUCAGGUUGUAUGACUUUAAUUAAAUUGUGCUACUUUAAAUCAGGUUGUCUGACUUGAAUUCAAUUGUGCUACUUUAAAUCAGGUUGUCUGACUUGAAUUAAAUCAUGCUACUUUAAAUCAGGUUGUAUGACUUUAAUUAAAUCGUGCUACUUUAAAUCAGGUUGUCUGACUUGAAUUCAAUUGUGCUAC